UUAAGUCCUAUAAAUUCUCCUUGUAGAUCCGGCUUUCAUCAUCACAGCAUCAAGCAUCAUACUAUAAUUGCGGAUCAAAAUAAUAAUUCAAGAAAUUACGAUAUUGUAAGUAAAAACUAAGAGUAGAAAAUUACGAUGACGUCAAAGUGUGAUCAAACUCACAAACUCGCUUAUUUUCUCAUCAUUUUCACGUCAUCUUCAUUUUUCGCUCCACCCACGGUGCGAUCUUCGUCUCCGCACACCAUCAUCACCAUCCGCGAUCGCCCUUCGUCGCCGCGUUGAAUAGUCCACGUGUGUAGUCCCGAUGAUCGUACGACGAUAACGCUGCUGCGAACGACAUGCGCAGACGAGACGGACGGGGCCAGGUCGGUUCGGUCGGUCGGUCGGUUCGCGUUCGUUCCCGGUCGGGAUCACGUGCCAUCUGUCGUUACGGCCGCGAGAGAGCGAGAGCGGCAUGUGCGCUUAUCAGGCUGCUGCUGCUCUUCUUGUCCGGUAGUUUCGAAGUGUACGCGCGCGCGAGCGUCGCGAGGUAGAGAGAGAGAGAAAGAUCGUGAGCGUGAGUGCGUGACUGAGAAAGAGAGAGAGAGAGAGAGAGAGAAAGAGAGAUAGGGGGAGGGAGAAAACGCGAGAGCCCUUGUGACCUUUCUCGCGUAGUCCGUGGUGACCAGUGGUGACCUUCGUUUGAACCUGAGAUCGUGGUGAGCUGCACGUUCCAGCCGGCCGGCUGCCUCCUUCGGUCAGUCUAGACAGCAGCCAGUACCGCGGACGGUCCGUCUUCUUCUCACCUCCGUCGCUCCGUUGAAGAAAGACACCGGGAACGGUUGCCGAGCAGCGAAGGAGAAAAUGUCAAGGGAACGCGCCUCCAGACGAUUUUACCGUAUAGACAGCACCAAUGAUCUGUUCGAAUUUAUGGACCGUGGCUACACCGCCCAGAAUGAGAAUCGAUGGAACUUCGAAGUCGCCUGGGAAGCCGCCAACAAAGUCGGUGGAAUUUACACGGUGAUAAGAUCCAAAGCUUACGUGUCGACCGAAGAAAUGGGCGAUCAAUAUUGCCUUAUCGGACCGUACAAGGAGACUUCGGCGCGCACUGAGGUCGAGGAGAGCAACUUCCUGCCGCAAAAUCCCCUCAAUCAGGCGGUGCAAAAGAUGCGCGAUCAGGGGUACAAAGUGGUAACGGGAACCUGGCUGGUGGAUGGGAACCCUCAAAUCAUCUUGUUCGACAUCGGGAGUGCAGCUUGGAAACUGGACGAGUACAAACAAGAAUUAUGGGACAGUUGCCAUUUUGGUAUACCUCAUCUCGAUAUCGAAGCUAAUGAUGCCGUUAUAUUCGGAUAUUUGGUUUGCCAAUUCAUCUCCGAGUUUAGGGACGCGGCCGAAGGGUACUCGUCCGUCGCGCCGAGGGUGGUCGUGCACUGCCACGAGUGGCAGGCGGGUAUCGGGCUGAUCGCCCUGAGGACGCGACACGUGGACGUGGCCACGGUGUUCACCACCCACGCUACUCUUCUGGGCAGAUACCUGUGCGCCGGGAAGACCGACUUUUACAACAAUCUGGAUAAGUUCAGUGUCGACGAAGAAGCGGGCAAGCGUCAGAUAUAUCACAGAUACUGCAUGGAACGCGCAGCGACGCACCUGGCGCACGUGUUCACCACAGUCUCGGACAUCACCGGCUUCGAGGCCGAGCACCUGCUCAAGCGCAAACCGGACAUCAUCACGCCAAACGGGCUGAAUGUGAAGAAGUUCGCGGCGCUGCACGAGUUUCAGAAUUUACACGCCGUCAGCAAGGAGAAGAUACACGAGUUCGUGCGCGGACACUUUUACGGACAUUACGAUUUCGACCUGGACAAAACCCUGUACUUUUUCAUCGCCGGUCGUUACGAAUUCGGGAACAAGGGCGCCGAUAUCUUCAUCGAAGCCUUGGCCAGAUUGAACCAUUACUUGAAAACAUCCAGGCCCGACACGACCGUGGUCGCUUUCCUCAUUUUCCCCGCGAGAACCAAUAACUUUAACGUUGAAUCUCUCCGUGGCCACGCCGUAACGAAAUCCUUACGAGAUACCAUUAACGAUAUACAACAGAAAAUAGGGAAACGGAUGUACGAAUUAUGCCUUUCUGGUCGUAUGCCGGAAGCCGAAGACUUGUUACAGAAAGAGGAUACUAUUAAAAUCAAACGAUGUCUUUACGCACUCCAGAGGAAUGGAUUACCACCUAUUACGACACACAACGUUAUUGACGACUAUAAUGAUCCGGUACUGAACGCCAUUAGGAGAUGCAAUCUCUUCAACACCGUCCACGAUCGCGUUAAGAUGGUAUUCCAUCCGGAGUUUCUUUCGUCAACGAACCCGCUGUUUGGCCUGGAUUACGAGGAGUUCGUCAGGGGUUGCCACUUGGGCGUGUUCCCCUCGUACUAUGAGCCGUGGGGGUACACGCCCGCCGAGUGUACGGUCAUGGGCAUUCCCAGUAUCACGACGAAUCUGUCGGGUUUCGGAUGCUUCAUGCAGGAUCACAUAGCCGACCCGAUGAGCUACGGCAUUUACAUCGUCGACAGGCGUUUCAUCAGCCUGGAGAACAGCGUGCAGCAACUCGCGCAGUACAUGUUCGAGUUCGCGCGGCUCAGUCGCCGGCAGCGCAUCAUCCAGAGGAACCGCACGGAGCGGCUCAGCGAUCUGCUCGACUGGCGGAAUCUCGGCAUUUAUUACCGCCAAGCGAGAAUCAAAGCGCUGACGACCGUGUAUCCGGAGCUCCAGUCGGAAUACGCAGAGGGUGGUGUCGGUCGAUUCACUUAUCCACGACCAAUCAGCGAGCCACCGUCCCCACUGUCUUCGCGACACACGACCCCGGCUGUGUCUGAGCACGGGUCCGACGAUGAGGACGAGGUCGAUGACGAGAAAGAGUUGGCGGAGCUACGAAAUCCAAGCGGCAACUAAAAUGAAGACGGGGAAGUCGAGAAAGUGAAAGAGAAAGCGAUAAUAAGCGAUUAUGGGCGGAAAGCAAUCACGUGCGGUAAAAUGUAAACCUUUUCGAGACUCCUGGGUAAUCGCUGCAAACUGUCCUUGUUUAACGACGUCCUAAGCGAAAGAACGCAUGUCAAGAAUUCUUGCGUUAUGUGUUCAAAUAAAAAGAUACACUCGCAAAAUGACGCUCGUGAUCGAUUCGACACACAUGUAAAAUUGUCCGUGGACUUUUACUCGGAUGAGUAACAAAUAGUCGUAAAAUUAACAUUGACAAAAUCACGAGAAAAGAGAUUAAGAUGUAUGGUUCCGUGUCAAAUUAAUUUUGCGGUUGUUUAUUGGUUGUUCGAGUAAAAGACAAGUGCACGGACAAUUUUACAGGUGUACUGAAUCGAUCGUAAAUGUCGUUCUGUCCUUUUUAUUUCAACGAAUAAGAAUUCUUGACAUGCGUUUUCUCGCUUCUGACGCCAUCAAACAGUUGCAGCGAGGUGCCAGGAGCCUUAAUCGAGGAGAGGAGACCGCGUGACAGUGCCAAAAUCUUAACAGAGAUUCCUUCGCGGAGUAUAUCCACGUAUAUCUACGUCUUUCAAUUUCGGACAAAAAGUUUUGAAAUAAAGUAGCCUCGUCGUUUGUGUCGCUGCCACACUGCCUGCCUCUCGCGCGGCGCUCAACGCGCGAGAGACCUGAGAGGAGUCAAAGAGAAACGCAGCAAUACUCGCAGCACAGCUCACGGUCGCAGUGAUCAUUCUGUUUUAGAGAAGCAAUAAUACUAUUUAUUACAUUAGCUUUAUUCGUGAACGGCAUAACUCGCUUCGUUUGUUUCUUAUCCAAAUUUCUGAUCAUGUUUAUUCGAUAUACCCGACGUUACGUGUUCGGAGAGGGGGGGGGGGAGCAAUAUUAUUAUAUAUUAAUGCGUGUGCGCGCGAAACCGGAGGUUCGAAUGCGCAGAAAGGAGGAGGAGGAAGAAGACAAGAUAUUCGUCCGUACAUGCAUCAUACACGUCCUACGCACAUCGCGCUUCACACUUAUACUUGACAAUAUAGUCGGUGAGAAUUUGUAUACAUAUGUGUAAUUAUACGGUAUGAGUGGAAUAUAUGUUCCUAUCGUGUGUAGAAACGAUGAUAUUUUUAUUAGAAUUGGCACUUGAAUAAAAAUUUCUAUCGUU